AUGCUUUCUGCUGAGAAAUGUUGUGCUUCAUGUAAGUUGGUUGGCCAUAGCCGUAGUUCCAGCUCACUUUGUCCAAUGAACAAAAAGAAAAAUACUCUUAAUGUUCCUCAAAAAAGAACAAAUGAGUUUAUAUUUAUUGAAGAAUAUUCUGCAGAGAGCAGUAGAUCUGCUGCUUUGAGAAUGAGAAUCGAGGAAGAGCCUGUAUUGAUCACAGAAUCAGUAGCUUCUCCUGUUAAUAUUACCUCUGAGGGUAUUAUCUUUGAAGACAAAGACAUUGAAGAAUUUGAAUUGGAUGAAGAAAUUGAAGAAGAAGAAAAAGAAGAAGAAGAGGUCGUUGUGCCAGUGGCUGUUGACAAUCAAGGGCAAAUGGAUGUAGAAUGUCAACACUGUGGAGCCUUGAUGUGGAUGAACGAGAAAAUUGGUAGUUCAGUACUUGAGAACAUUAAAUUUUCUAUGUGCUGUGGUUAUGGAAAAAGCUACAACAGUACUUUGCGUUUUACUUCUUUGGGAGCAAAAAUCGACAAUUUGGUUGCCAACAAUAUAGGAGGAGCCUAUAAUUUCAGAAUCCACAGAACUGUUUGCCAUAGGAUGGGAUCCAUUUCCCCAACAAGUGAUCAAGAUCUUGCUCAUUCUAAAUAUGCCCAUUUAUAUAUAUAUGAUUCUCAAACUCAAGUUCAACACCAUCAAUGCAAUGCUCCAUAUUUAAACAGAGAAAUUAUUGAAAAGAUACAGUCUAUUCUUUUGAAUAUCAAUUCAUUCAUGUCUUUGUUCAGAUCAAUGAAUCAAAUUUCUAGCCAUAAUGGCUAUAUGACAGACUUGACAUUGCGUUUAAUUGCAGAGGGUCCCCAGGAUCAGAGACGCUACAAUGCUCCAACUGCUGAUGAAGUUGCUGUAUUAAUAAUGAGCAAUGAAACAGCCUCUUCUCGAGACAUUGUUCUGCAUACUAUUAAUAAUACUCUCCAAAACAUAAAUGAAUACCAUUGA